AGUCAUUCCGGUUCAAAGACAGGUUGGAAUCCCCGCAACCGAGACGCGCGCCGCCUUGUCGGACGCGCGUCGUCCGGUGCGUCGAAGACGCGAUGCCACUGGAGGCUGUGAUGAUUUGCCUCGACAAUUCGGAUUACACCAGGAAUGGCGACUACAUGCCAACGCGCUUUGAUUCCCAAUCCGAUGCGGCCAACCUGCUUUGUGGAGCCAAGACCAAUCAGAACCCCGAGAAUGCCGUAGGCAUCUUGGCUGCGGCAGGCGAUCGGAUUGAAGUGAUGGUGACUCCAACGUCCGACUUGGGUAGGCUGGUCACUGAGCUGAACAAGGUGCAGAUCGGUGGCAAUGCAGACUUGCUGAGAGCCAUUCAGACAGCUCAGUUGGCGUUGAAGCACCGUCAGAAUAAGAAGCAGAAGCAGCGGAUCAUUGCUUUUGUGGGCAGUCCCGUGAGUGCCAGUGACAAGGAAUUGGAAGCCUUGGGCAAGAACCUGAAGAAGAACAGUGUGGCACUGGACUUGGUGAGCUUCGGCGAAGUUGAAGAGAAUGCCCCGAAGUUAGAGAAGCUAAUGAAUGCACUCAACAGCAACGACACAUCCCAUUUGUUGGAGGCCCCUGUAGGGCCCAAGUUGUUGAGCGAUGUCCUCCUAGCUUCCCCCAUCAUCAACCCAGAGGGAGAGGCCGGUGGCAGCGGCGAUGGUGGUGCGGGCUUCGAGUUUGGCAUCAAUCCCAACGAAGAUCCUGAGCUCGCCUUGGCCUUGCGCAUCUCCAUGGAGGAGGAGCGUGCCCGGCAGCAGGACAUGGAUGAUGAGUUGCGACAGGCCUUGCUCUUGUCCAUGCAAGAGAUGGAUCCUGUGCCUGCCACGUCCACACCUGCCGCGUCCGCGCCGGAAGAGGCACCCAAGAGGAAGGCGGAGGAAAUGGAGACAGAGAAGCCGAGUGUGGAGCCUCAAGAGAAGAAGCCGACGACAGAGGGGGAUGCAGUUCUAGAUUCCAGAUGGCUACAAGAUCCCUCUUUCGUCCAAGAGUUGCUUGGUUCCUUGCCUGGUGUGGAUAUCAAUGAUGAGCGCAUCCAAGAAGCAUUGAAGGAGGGCGAAGAAGAGACGACCUGCGAGAAGCUCACGGGUGGGAAAUGCCCCAUUGCAGUUCCUGCGCUGGGCUAUUCAUGCUUGGUGAGCUGUGUAGAGUCGGUGGCCUCCUGCGCCAAGCUGAACCCGCGGAAGCCGGGGGUCAACACCUUUGAGGAUCCCCAUUUGUGCACCUCUUGCCAUGUGACUGCGUGCAAGAUGUGCACCUUUCCCAGCAAAGAUGGUCUAGCGAAGUGCCAGGUUUGCUUUGAUGGCUUCGAACUGGUGGAACGUCCCGAUGGAACUCAGGAAUGCGUGGUCUGGGGGCAAAGUACCAUUGUUCUCGUCACCUAUGUGUUGAUGUUCAUCAUUGUGGCACUGAUCACGUUGAUCUUGCUGGGCACCUGCUUUGUGGCCGCGCGAGAGAGCAUGAAGAAGAUGAAGCACGGAACCACGGUGAACCUGGAGUCGACACUCCUUCAAGCGACCUACGAGGAGAAGUCGGCGGUGAACAUGGCUCAGCAUCGAGAACAAACGCCACAGGACAAGAAGCACAACGAGAAGGCCAUCUCGCAAGGCUUCAUGACAAGUCUUCAGGCGUCCAUCAAGUUCGAGUCCCUGCGCCGGGCCGGGAAGCACACUGAGAGCAGGGUGAAGAGGCUGGUGAAAGCAACGCUGGAUUCCAAGCAGGAUGAUUUGGGCAUCGGCCUUCAAUUGUUCUACAACACGCAGAUCUUUCUCAUCGUCUUCAGCUUGCUUGGUUUGGCCUUCAACUUCUUCUCGCUGAAGGUGCUGGGUCCUGGCACAUCCUUGGCCCACUUGGUGGAGGAAGCCCAAGUCUGUCCCAGCUCCGCAGCGGAUCUCAGGAAGCUGGAAGUGGAUAUCGUGACAAGAGAGCACGACCGCGCGAAGAUCGGGCAGGUCGUGGGCAUCAGCUUCUGGUUCGCCUCGGUCUUGCUCUCAUGGGGCUUUCACUACUACCAGAAGAGCUUCCAGAAGGAGUAUGACUCUACGCACCAGACAUCUGAUGACUACACUUUGAUGUUGGAAGGUGUGCCCAGAGAAUGCACGUCAGAACGUCGAUUGCACAGAUAUUUGGAGAAAGAGUUGAACAUGGAGGGCCGCAUCUAUGGUGUUUGUAUUCUAUAUGACCUGGUGCACAUUCCCCCGGAGGUCAAUGAGAAGUGUGAGGAGAUGCUGGAGCACAUUAUUGAGCUGGAUGACUUAAGAAAUGGCUGGGCUCGUGCUGACUUCUCAAUGUCAGAAAAGGCACUCGAAGAGGAUAUCGAGAACGAUAAGGAGGAGUUCAAGGAGAUCCUCCACAAGCACUUGAGAUGUUGUGGACGCGCAUACAUCGUCUUCCACACACAGAUGUCCAUGAUCCGCGUUUUGCGUGAACGUCGUGGGCUUCGAAAGCAGAUCUUGUUCCCAAAAUACGAGAGCAAGGAUGGUGAUGGUGAGAUCGACAUGGUCCAACUACUGAACCGUGGAGAUCAGCCAGAUGGAGUCAGAUACGAGAAGGCCGAGAUGUCCCCUGCCGAGCGCCGGAAGACCUAUUUGGUCCUGCCGGCCCGGCAGAUUGUCUAUAUUUUGAUCUACGUGGUCACAGCGCAGGUCUUCUACACUUUUAUGCAAAAGCCCUGGAACGACUGUGCCAUGGAAGCCUCCAGUGCGGCUGCGGGGGUUGCUUUAGCCAGCAAAGGCGUUUUGCUGGUGAACUUUGCCAUCCAGACCGCCGUGGCUUUCGAUGUCGAGGGGUGCGGCUUUUUGCGGAUCGCGAAGGUGGAUCAGAUGACCUUCAUUUUCAACACCCUGCUGAUGGUGAUUACCUUGCUGUACAUUGUGUUUCAGGAGUGCAAUAAGCAAGGCCUGAGAUCAGUGUUUUUGCCGCCCGAGGAGGAACUCACUGCUGAGUGGUGGCAGUGGCGGAGUGGCCUCGUGAACUCAGCAGCUGCUGAGGUGAGCGCCUACCAGGCCUUGGUCUCUGUCUUCACUGAGCAGACCAUCAUGCUGUACGUGCUCGGUGAAGUUGGAAAUGUGAUUGGGCCAGUGGCCUUCUUUUGGUUCGCGUUGCGUGCGGUCUUCAUCUCGAAUAUCGGUGGUGGUCCCCAGUCUCGGAUCCAGAAGUUCUUGCGCUUGGUCCUGCCGAAGACGCGGGAUCCCGUGGUCUUGACGGCCCGAGAAGCUGAGAAGGCGCAGAUGUUGGUUCCUUUGCUUCUGUGGAUGGAGUACACCUAUGUCAUCAUCUUUCCGGCGAUUGCCUUCACGGCCUUUUAUUUCAUUGACUUUAGCAUGAAGAUCUGGGUGGCCCUCACCGGCUUCGCCAUCCUCUUCUUCCUCUGGCAGCGCUAUGUGAUGCUUUGGCUCUACGGGAAGUCGCAAUUUGAUUCAGAAGAGACCUACUUCUCCUUUAUCAUCAUUUGGGGUUUGGUCCUGGCCAAGUGCGCGGCCUCCUUUGCGCUUUGGGCCUAUCGCUUGCAAGAGAUCACCGAGUGGCCCUUCGCACUGUUGAUCUUUGUAUUGAUUUUUCUGCUCACAGCCUUCAUCUAUACCGCCGGCAUUCUGUAUAUUGAGUGGUGUUUUGCGAAGGAAGGCAAGACUCUGGACAAAAUGGAGGGGGAAGGAGAGGAAGGAGCAGAUCCUGGAUAUGAUGCCAUCAUGGAAACAACUGGGAUCUCUUGGUGGAACGUGAACCCGGUUUAUGUGCUCAAGCAGCGACUUUGCCCCAAUGAGCCAGGCUUCGAGGUCCACGAUGCACGGGUGCCUUGCUGGCCCUCCUGGUCUGAUCAAGGUUACUUUGAGAAGGGCAAGGAAUUUAGACAUCGACGACACCAACCUAAAUUUCAUCAUUCUUAA